AUGCAUGUGGCCUCUCCCGAGGAUAUUAAACACGAGAUCGAGGAUGGCAGAGGUGAGUGGCGGUAUGUACCACCGUGUGUGCGACAGGCAUUGGCGCUUGUUCUUCCAACGACACCGAAAAGGUGUUCAAGGUCGCGGAGCGUUACGAGCGGCUGCUGUGCUCCUCGCAUGCUUUUGCCACUGCGGGGGAGUGGUCCAAAGACAGAUGUGAUGGAGGCUGUGGAGGCAGCGCAGUUGGCGGAGCAGCCACUCGCGGUCGCUGGGAGGGAGCUGCUAAGUUCUUCCAAAGUUUUGGCGAAGCAUCUCCCAAAGCAAAGGAGAAUUCCUCCCGGCAAGCCUGUUGUCAGGGUGUGUUCAAGCUGUGGUGGACCUCUGCAGGAAACUGGGGCGCCUGGCAAGAGAUGUGAAGAACGCCCCCGUAGUGGUCGCAAGGGGCGCAGUGCAUCUUGUGUGUUGGACGCACACUCCAUGGGGGAGCGUACACAACUACCCGGUGAUACCUCUUCAAGUGUUCCCGGGGUGACUCGCCGAACCUCCAGCGGUGAACAAACCAGUCGAAGAACCCACAAUACCGCACGCGUCGUCCAGCCAAUUAACAUGGAGGCCUCGAAAAUCAAACGUGUGGAGUGCAUUCGGCACCGUCGGGAGGUGACGGACGCCCUGUUGCAUAUGGUUGAGGCAGUGAAGGUGCUGAGCAAGGAAGUGGACACAACGGUUGUGAAAUCUGUUACAGACGCCAUGCGCCUUGAUCCCCGACGAGCGAAAGACGUUCGAGGGGAGGUUGCACCGGUUGCCUCUCCAUCGGAAGAGCAACAGGAGGCACUAAAGGGACUGUCUAAUUCCGUACGGUGGCUGACGAAUGCGACGAACGAACUGGUGGCCGUUUUCCUAACCCCGGAGGAAAAGCGGUUUCUUGGUUUAAAUACGCAUAGACUCCAGACGCGUAAGGAACGAUCAACUAUGUACCAAUACGCAAAAACAUAUCGUAGAAGGGACGGAGGCUUGCCGCCUCCUCCCCCUGGCGUUGGUGAAAAUAUUACAGGGGACUUGAAAGAGGGGCCUAGGGAAAACCAAGAUGGUGAGGGAGAUGCUGACGAAGAAGAUGUCUCAGGGAAGGGCAAAAGCAGAGGGGAGGGCGUACAAAGAAGCGAAGGAGGCAAAUCCGCUGAGGUUUCUUCUAAAGGGGCAAUAGGGAAAACGGAAUGUGGCGCGGGGGUCCGUUCCCCAUCGGGCGCGGCUGCUGGUGCUGAAGAUCACAACCCGGAAGUAGGGAUGAAGGGCGGUUGCGUGGAAAUGUCGAAUAAUACACAGCGCUCUUCCCAACUCUCAAGCGUGCAGGCUUCCAGGAGGGAGGAAAAGUUGUCUGAGGAUAACCAAGUGAAGAAAAGACUUUCUGUGUCGACGCGUGGCACCGCUGAGGAGGUGUCGGCGAGCAACGCCCAGGGAAGUCCUGGGCAAGCGAAAUUGUCUGUCGGCCGUGCUUCGGCAUCGGACGUUGCAAACCCGUCCGUGAGCAGUACGGGAGCGAGGAACUCUUUACCGAAGCGAAGAAAGGCCAGUGAUUCUCAGUCCAGGGCCAGAGAGUCUAUGGAAUCGCUUACUGGCCAAGAACCCCCGGGUUCCGCCGUUUCCGGAGCGUCACUGGCGCAGGCGGAAACCACCGCCAGUGCUGGAGAUUUGGCGAAUAAGAACUUGAACAAAUUCGCGGUUGCUAGUGACAGUGACAGUGAUUCUGACUAG